AUGCUGCGCUUCCUGGUGUUCGCCACCCUGGUUCUGUAUGGACACAGUACCCAGGACUUUCCAGAAACCAAUGCACGCGUCGUUGGAGGAACCGAGGCCCGGAGGAACUCCUGGCCCUCUCAGGUUUCCCUCCAGUACCUGUCUGGAGGGUCAUGGUACCACACCUGUGGAGGGACCCUAGUCCGGCGGAACUGGGUGAUGACAGCUGCUCAUUGCGUGAACAACCAAAUGACCUUCCGCGUGGUGGUUGGAGACCACAGCCUGAGCCAGAACGACGGCACCGAGCAGUACGUGAGCGUGCAGAGGAUCGUGACGCACCCCAGCUGGAACAGCAACAACGUGGCUGCCGGCUAUGACAUCGCCCUGCUGCGCCUGGCCCAGAGCGUGACCCUCAACAGCUACGUCCAGCUGGGCGUGCUGCCCCGGGAGGGAACCAUCCUGACCAACAACACGCCCUGCUACAUCACAGGCUGGGGCAGGACCAAGACCAAUGGGCAGCUGGCCCAGACCCUGCAGCAGGCUUACCUGCCCAGUGUGGACUAUGCUACCUGCUCCAGCUCUUCCUACUGGGGCUCCACAGUGAAGAGGACCAUGGUGUGUGCCGGCGGAGAUGGAGUUCGCUCUGGAUGCCAGGGUGAUUCUGGGGGUCCCCUCCACUGCUUGGUGAACGGCCAGUAUUCUGUCCACGGAGUGACCAGCUUUGUGUCGUCCCUGGGCUGCAAUGUCUCUAGGAAGCCCACCGUGUUCACUCGGGUGUCUGCCUACAUCUCCUGGAUGAACAACGUCAUUGCCUCCAACUGAACAUUUUCCUGAGUCCAGUGGCUUCCCCAAGAUGGUUCUUGGAUCUGCAAUAGAGCUUGAGGUCAACAAAGAAAAAAACAUGGCUGGGGUGUAGCUCACUUGCCUAGCAUGUACAAGAGCCUAGGUUCCAACCCCACCACGGCAGUAGGGGAUGGGGCGGGGGGAAGGGGACCCCUGGCGUGUAUCUCGGUGGUCGAGGGCUUGUCUAAAUUACAAGACGUCCCGAGCUGGGUCUCCAGCACGCAGGGGGAGGGGACUGGAUUCUAAGACAUUAUUGAACUAGAUACAAAGGGCAAAUAAAACUGAAGGUUCAUGAUCA